UGGCAACACCAAUCAGAGGCGGGACGCGCAGGCGCAGCCGCCGCCCCGUCGGGUGGUUCAGUUUGAAAUCCAAAAGUAAGUCAACAAGGUAGAAGCUGCUGCAGUCUUUUGUGCACUUUCCAUUUUUCCUGCCGUGAUGACGGACCCUUUCGUGCAGAGGAUGAUGGCCCGAAGCCACGCGCGGCGGGCAGCGGUGGCCCAAACAUUGGGAGACAAGGAAAAUGUGUCUAUGUCAGAUUCUACUCGUACCAGGUUGAAGCAUCUCAGUGCUCUACACUCAGGUAACUCCAGUGAGGCUCUUAGUCCACUUCAGCCAUCUGUUGAUAACAUUGAGCCUCCUAGAACUGCCUUGGCCCCCAAAAAACCUGACAUCAGUCCAGACAGGAACUCAAGAAUGGAGCCAGAAGAUAUGGAAAUGCAUCACCCAGUCAAAAUCAGAGAGAAGCAAGGCCCCUCUUCCCCUCAUAAGCCAAGACUGACCUCUCUGGCUAAGAGGUGUCAAGAAAUAAAUAAUUGGGAUGAUGACUACUCUUAUCAUUCAUCUAGUCAUGGCUCUCAGGUAGCAGUAGGGGGGAACUCUGCUUCACCAAAAAAGUUUGAUGUGCAUGGUGCUUGCUCUCUACUUGCUUCUUACCCUGAUAAAGUCGAGCCACUGGAGGUAGAGGAACUAACAAAAAACACUAAUUUCCCUCAAAGCCCUUCCCGCACAUCAUCAACGUCAUCUUAUGGCAGUGUUAGUAGUGGUGGUGAGUCUUCUCUUUCAAGCUAUGGUUCCUUGUCUUCAGCCACUAAGGCACCUUCCUCUCCUUAUAUUGCUCAGCAUCCCAAGCUUCAAUCCAGUCUUCAGACCCCAAGCAAGACAGAGUUAAGCCAGAAUACCAAUGCCUCUCCCACAAAAAAACUACUCUGGGACCGAGGAUUGCUAAAUUCAUUGAUGAAUCUAAAUGAUGGUUUACAAGAAGCUCUGGUAAGUUUGAAUACAGACUCUACACAACUAACAACUGUUAGGACACUUCUCAAAGCUAAGACCAAUCUAAGUAAUGCUUUAGAUCAGGUAGUGGAAGCCCAAGGUUUUACCCCAAGUGACUCUCGGUCAAAACUCUACUAUGAUUUUAAGAAAGAGCAACAGAAAAAUGCAACUGAAGGAAGUCCAUCCAAGCCUUUCUCAACAACAAGGAUUCCUUCACCUCCUGCCAGUCCUUCUAAGGUGAGAAGCAUAAGUCUUGCAGAACUUAUAAGAAGCAACAGUCCACAAAAAUCCAGCCAAGUAACAAAGCAAGAAAGUUCAGCUGCCUGCUUGCCUGUCACUCAAACAUCUAACACUUGCUUGCUGCCACCGCCGCCACCUCCUGUGGUUGUGUCAUGUCUGCCCAAAAGUCCAGUGUCAAGUCCUUCUCGCCUCUUUGCUCGUGUAUCCAGUCCUGAAUCCAAGAUUAAGGAACGAAGACGAGAUGUUAGCCCAUCCAAAGUGGGAGAGAUGAGGAGUCGCUGGGAGCAACACAUUCGACAGGCUUCUCCAGAACGAACUGACCGGUCUCGUAGCCCAAGAAAAAUUGAGAGCCCAAAGAAGGUUAUUUCGCCUGUGAAAAGCCAACAAAUGACCUCUACUAGCAACACUGAAAUCGCUUCCCAGCAUGCACCUGUGAACCACCAAAGUCCACCAAAGAGCCCUGAAAAGUACAACCAGAGUGGAUUUAAACAUUUCACAUCUGAGCACAAGCGUUGGCGAGAAGUAAGUCCACAGAAACCUGGGCCGGUUGGAGAAGUGGUGAAAGGAGAAGCUCCCAUGCCCCAAGCUGUGCCUCUUGUAGACCAACCAUUCUCUUCUUCAGUUAGAGAGAGAGCUGCAGCUUUUGACAGUGCAAAAAAGCAAGAACCCCAGAAGGAUCCAGCAGAGAUGAGUGUGCAGGAACGUCUUGCCAUCUUCAGCAAGAAGCAAGGUGGAGCUCUGGUCCCUAAGGCUCCAUUUGGCCAGCCAGUUCCAGCUAAGGCUCUCCAAAUUGGUGGUGGUGGGAACCAAGAAGUAGGCAGUCGCUCCUCUGUGGCUCAUUCCCAGCCUGUGCAAAGACCACCCAAGAGGAUGGCAUCAGAAGCUGCCUCUACAUUUGAACACCAUGGACCUGUGACCCAGAAGAAUGACAAGCACAUAUCUGAUGAUAAGAAAAGUGUCACUAACUUUGAGCAACAAAGGAAGACCUUUGAACACAUCGAAGACAAUUGGCAGGACAAUGACAUUUCCUCAAAAGUGCGAGCUGAACGGCAGCAGGAGAUGGAAGUUCUGCUAAACAGGUUCAAGAAGCCAAAGCAAAUGCCCAAAUCAAACUUCAGUGAAAACAAACAUCAGUCAUUAAAUGAGAAGCCAAGAUACCACAUGGAGUCUGAAUCAGAGUACUUGGAGAGUGAUGAAUCAAUUGGCGAGUCAUCCACCUCUGAGGACUCUUCCCAGGACAACAUGCCUGGACCCCCCAAACCUCCUCGCCUCUACAGGGACCAAAUCCCAGAAGCCCCACCCCUUCAGGAUGCUACUGCCAAACACACCCAGUUACCCCCACCAAAAGUUCGUCAAUCUCCAAAGAAAGAAUUUGUACCAAAGAUGAAACCUGGUUGCAUCUAUCCUUCAUUGUCAGACAUUGAGUCCCACUCUGAGGCUCCAGACAGUCAGGAUGAAGAUGUCAAAGAUUCUAGUUUUGCAGAGAGUGUGCUAACAUGUACUUCUAUGGAGAGUCUGGGACAGAAAAUCCAGAAAGCUGCAAACACUGGAUCCAGAAGGCCACUGUCCAUGAUUGAAGAAAGUGCAUACUCUCAGACCUGUGUAAAUCGUGCCAUGUCUGAAAGCACUUUGGAGGCUCUUGAUGCCAUUGAUGAUGCUAUUGAUGAAGCCCUGGAUGACGAUCUGUCACCCACACCACCAAAGAGACAGUGCUCACAGGGCAACGUGUCCCAGAAUGUUUACAAGACUCCAAAGAUCAAUGACACGCCUCCCAGUCACAACACAGAGGAACAGGAUGUUACUCUUGCCCACUCUAUCUCCAUGUACAGGAAGCAGAAGCCAGAUGUAACCUGCACUCCAGUACGACAGAUAAUUCGUCGGCCAGAUCUGCACUCACCUUCCCCAGAGCCUGUUAGUCCAUCAGUAACUGUGAGUGCCCGCAUCAAGGAGCUGCAGGAGGAGGUGUCAGAGCAGCAGCGUGUGAUAGCUCAGGCAUCUAAUGCGGUGUCAGUAGUUCUUAAACGGCCUGAGCAGCAGGGCACCCCACAGCAUGUUGAGGCUGAGAAGCUCCUGCUCUUGUCCAGCCAGAAAAGACAGUCAGCACUAAAUGAAAUCCAGAGACUAAAAGCUGAAGGAGCUUUGGGUCAACAGAGUUGGGCAGGCGAAGACACCUGUAUGGGAUCAAUCAGCAUUAGCAACAUAACAGUUCCACUUAAACAUGAGUUUCUCCAAAGAGGAAUGAAAGGUGAUGACUUGUAUCAUCUAAUGGUCUUGGUGAAGCAUAGGGAGCAAGUGAUUUCCUCUCAGCUGAUGACAACACCAGAAUGUGUAGUGGAAGGAGCAGUUACUUUCCCAAACCUCAUGGCUCUCCAUCACCUUACCUCAGAUUUUAACAUCACUCUCGAAGUAUAUGCUCUCUGCACUCAGGAACCUCGCCAGAUGAAUAUGAAGAAGGAACAGAGUCGUAUGAAGCUGACUCCCUUAAAGAAGCUGCACAAACAUGAGUCUCGAACAGCCUCCCCAUCUGUCCAGUCUCCUGGGGGACCAUUUGCUGUUCGCAUGUCAUCUUUUCAACUGGUUGGAUUCACCCACCUAAACAUUUGCACUCUUACCAGGAAUGCUUGGACUCUUGAAAAGGUACCAUAUUCUUCACCAUUAGAUGGACACUUGCUGAUGCAUGUGAACUGUAGCUUUGAAGGAGGCAUCACUGAGCGUGGCUUCCUCACUAUGUUUGAGGAUGUGGGUGGUUAUGGAGCAUGGAACAGGCGAUGGUGUGUAUUGAGUGGAAUGCACCUACGCUUCUGGAGGUAUCCUGAUGAUGAAACCAGGAAGGAGGCAUCAGGAAAACUGGACCUCCGUUCCUGCACGACACGACAUAUUGAACUGGUGUCACGUGAUGUCUGUGCCCGACAACACACUUUUCAACUCACCCUUCUACGACCUGCACAUCCAGGAGAUGCAACAAACUUAGUGCAGGAAGUGAAAGGAUCUUCAGUUGUAACAAAGAUGCUGUUGUCUGCAGACAGCAAGGAGGAGCGAAUGGUGUGGUGCAACAAACUCAACAAGGCACUGGCUAACAUACGAGCCUGGGACCCUGAUGCAAUGCAGCCCCAGGACUACCAAGUCUAAAUAGACAUGGUACAUAUUUUACCCUUAUAAUAUUUGUACAUAUAUGUAUUACUUGCACAAAUAACUAUUAUGGCUUGGUUAACCUGAACUCACAGUUAAUAUGCUUAACUUUAAAUAGCCUCUUUAUUGUUGCAUAAAAUAUAACUAUAUAUCUAUAUAUAAUCAUAACUUGAUACUGAUACAUGUCAGAGAAGUAUUUUAUAUAACGCAUAAUUGUUGAUAUAUUAUGACAAACAAGAAUUAGAAUUAAGGCCAUCAAGAUGCCUGUUAUUAUGGUAAGGAAUGAGGUGCCAUGUACAUAUAAAGGAUUAACUAUUUUAGUUAUUAAGGUACUAAGGUGUUUUUAAGAAUACACAAGACCUCCAGCUUCAUUAUCAUUCCCUGAAUGAUAGUAUUGUUCUUGCCAUUCUGUAUUUACAAUAGCUUUUCUAUCAUUGACCAUCUAAUAUACAUACUUAUACUAAGGCUGUCUCCCCAAAAAAUAGGGAUAACCAAGUCAAAGCACACAAGCUUCACAUCCACACUCCAUACCACUCUCUUAGCCCCUUGGCCCCCAAAAGAAAAGAGAAAGUAUUCCUGUCUUCACUUUAUGGGGAUCAGCUGCACCAUGUAUCAUAACAAUAAAUAACUCAUUUCUGUGUUACACAAAAAAAAAAAAAAUAUUCCCCUUUUCUCAUUUCUCUUUUACCAUGUUUGGAAAUGUGAAUGCUACCAAAAUGUUACUCAUUCUCGUGAUUCUGUAGCCUAAUGUGUUAUAUAGUGGGAAUACAACUGCAAGUCUUUUAUAGUUUCACCUGUUGCCUAACUGUCAGCAAUGGAAAUGUAGUGAGGAUUAUAUUUAUACUUGAUUUUAUUAUUGUGGAUAUUCCCUAUUUUGUAUUGGUCUUCCUGAAUCUGUCUUACUCAAUAAAUACUAGAAUUUU